AAAUAAAGUUCAAGCUGUUUGAACAACAUGGCGGCGCCCAUGUAGCGGUGUGAAUCUGUCAAAGUACAUCGCAAAAAUUAAGUUUUAAAUGGAGGAACAAAAUCAAUAACGCCAAAGAAAAGCUAAAUAUACUCCCAAAGCUCCAGAUGGCUGGUCUAUGGUAUUUGCGUCCUGGAGUGAUGGCCGUGUGGAGGCCUGCUGUGUGUUUGUGGGGGCCGGGUCGGUCUAAUCCUGUGAUCCGAGUCAGCGUCUGCAGUCUGUUCAGUGAAUCAGGUGUGUGGGAAAAAGAGUACAAGGCCGAGACGCGCCGUCGAGUGGAGCAGUGGUGGCACGGACGCAUACAGGAGCAGUGGCGGACAGACGCGGAGGAUCAGAGCUCCCGGAAGAAAUUCUACGUCCUCUCCAUGUUCCCAUACCCAUCUGGCCGACUGCAUAUGGGCCACGUGAGGGUUUACGCCAUUAGCGACACCAUCAGCCACUUCCAGAAGAUGAGAGGCCAUCAGGUGUUGAACCCGAUGGGCUGGGAUGCAUUUGGUCUGCCGGCUGAAAACGCUGCCAUCGAGCGAAAUCUGGACCCGGAGGACUGGACCAGAAGUAACAUCGAGUCCAUGCGGACGCAGCUGGACAGUCUGGGCCUCUGCUUUAACUGGGAUCGGGAGAUCACCACGUGUCUGCCGGAUUAUUAUAAGUGGACUCAGUAUCUGUUUAUCAAGAUGUUUGAGGCUGGACUGGCCUAUCAGAAAGAGGCUCUGGUGAAUUGGGAUCCGGUGGAUCAGACGGUGCUUGCGGAUGAACAGGUGGAUGAAAACGGCUGCUCGUGGAGAUCUGGAGCUCCUGUGGAACAGAAGAUGCUCAAGCAGUGGUUCAUCAAAACCACCAACUAUGCCAAGCCUCUUCUGGAUGCUUUGGCGGAUCUCCCUGAAUGGUAUGGAGUCAAAAGCAUGCAGGCCAACUGGAUCGGCGACUGUUCGGGCUGCUUUUUCAACCACACACUGAAGGUGGACGGUCGUGACACAGGCGAGGUGUUGUCUGCGUACUCUUCUUCUCCAGAAACUGUGUUCGGAGCCGCUUAUGUCUCAAUCCUGCCCUCUCACCGACUGCUGCAUGGAUCCAGUGCCCUCAAAAGUGCUCUGCUUCGAGCCCUGAGACCCGGCAGAGACAGUCUGACCGAGGUCACUGCGCUUAACCUGCUGACCGGCCGAGAGCUGCCCGUGGUCAUUUCUGCCAAGAGCCAGUUCAGCGGACAUCUGGACACAGUCAUAGGGAUCCCAGACAGCAGUGAGGAGGAAGCAGCGGUGGCUCAGUCUCUUGGUUUGAGCUGGAGCAGCGUUCUGAAGACUGAAGCUGAUGGCACACACACUCUCAUAAACUCAGAUGAGUUCACAGGUCAGAGCCGUGAAGAAGCGUUCAACUCUGUAACCCAGAAGGCCCGGCAGAUGAAUGUCGGAGGUCACCUGACUAGUGCAAAGUUGCGUGAUUGGCUGAUCUCCAGGCAGCGCUACUGGGGCACACCCAUUCCCAUAGUGCAUUGCGGUUCGUGCGGGCCAGUGGCGGUUCCAGAGGACGAGCUGCCCGUCACACUGCCUAAAAUACCUGCACUCACUGGCAAGGGGGCGUCGCCUUUAAAGACUGCGGAGGAUUGGCUGAACUGCCAGUGUCCGAGGUGUAAAGGACCGGCGGAGAGAGAAACGGACACCAUGGACACCUUUGUGGAUUCCUCCUGGUACUAUUUCAGAUACACUGAUCCUCAGAACCCGCUGAGGCCUUUCGAGCGGUCUCGAGCGGAUCACUGGAUGCCGGUGGAUGUGUAUAUCGGGGGGAAAGAGCAUGCAGUGAUGCAUCUCUAUUAUGCACGAUUCCUCAGCCACUUCUGUAGAGACCAGAGCAUGACUGCACACAGGGAGCCGUUCAGGAAGCUGCUGGUUCAGGGCCUCAUAAAGGGACAGACCUUCACACUGGAGCACACCGGACAGUACCUGAAGAAAGAGGACAUCGACUUCACAGGUCCAGAUCCGGUGGAGAAGAGCAGCGGGAGGCGUCUGACGGUCACGUGGGAGAAGAUGAGUAAAUCUAAACACAAUGGAGUGGACCCACAGGAGGUGCUGCAGCAGUACGGCAUCAGCACCCUGCGCCUCUACCUGCUGUACGCCGCCCCGCCUGAGCAGGACAUCCUGUGGGACGUCAAGACUGAUGCCAUCCCGGGGGUGCUACGCUGGCAGUCGCGUCUUUGGGGUCUGGUCAGCAAGCUGAGAAGUGUCCGCGAGGGUCCAGAAACACCAAACCCGUCCAUCCUGAACAAGAGAGAGCGCUCAGAGGCCAAGAAGAUCUGGGACAACAAGAACUACACCCUCACACAGGUCACAGGUCACUUCACAGAGGACUUCCUGUUUAACGCAGCCAUCUCUCGACUCAUGGGCCUGACCAACACUCUCUCGCAAGCCUCGACGCGGGUCGUCCUGCACAGUGUGGAGUUUGAGGACGCUUUGGCUUCGCUCUGCAUCAUGGCUGCUCCCAUGUGUCCACAUUUAGCUUCUGAACUCUGGGCAGGUUUGUCUCAGGUGAGGAGUCCCCUUGGUAGUGUGCUGUCUGGGAAGGGAAGUGUCCUUCAGCAGCCAUGGCCCAGUGUCGACCCAGAGUACCUCCAGACAUCCGACACACUCCAGCUGUCUGUACGG